GUCUGAGUAAGUUGAAGUUCCCGAUUUCCCGUCCGCUCCCAGUGACUGCUAGGAUGUGGAAUAUACGGCUUUAUACACUGUACUUAGUCCCUGAUUGUGUGAAGCAAGUGAGUCGUCUCGUUUAUAAUGUACUGAAUGAUGCACUUGUCAACUCGAGCACUGUUUGCACUGCUGGCAGUCUCGCUAGCCUAUACAAAUCUUCUCAAAGAUCAACGAUACCCGCCCUACAUUCUUACGGCGAACACCCGUUGCGUCGCUAAUGGGAGCUUCAGACAUCCCAGUAACUGUUCUUGGUUCUACAAGUGUGAGAACAAGACGGUUGAGGGGUACUACCAAAAGCAGUUCUUCGAGUGUGCCCCGGGCACUGUGUUCGAUGACGCCCUAGACAUCUGUAUUCCCAAGUCAGCUGGUGGCCAAGCCUGUGGUCAAGUGACCAUCCAGGAAAGUGCCGAUUGCAAGCGACUCUCAUCUCCUCCAAAAGGCUACUGUUACCCCAGUGCACUUUGCGUCGGUAAUAAAACUACCAGUGGUAUGUGUCAUUACCGAGUAGUCUGCGGAGAAAACCCAGGGAUUGUUUACUGCGACAUGAUAAUCUCGAAUGCAGGACAUCAGUGCACAAACACAUCCAAUGAUGUCUGUGAACACUUUAAAAAACAACCCAUAAGAUUUUGAAGCGUUUUUCACCCUUCAAGAUAAGUAAGCUCAGAAAAUUGAUAUGAAACAAAGUAAACUUGUAUCCCAUUUUGCCGAGAUAAUUAUUGUUUACUUUCUUAGUCCAGGAAAAACAUGACUAUAACUUUGGCUCAAUGUCAAUUUGUAAGCAUCUUUAGAAAGUACUAUCAAAUUAUUGUUAUUCUUCUUUCCCACCGUUAUCCCUACAUCAAGGGGUCGGUUGCCUGAUGCGCCUUCUCCUCCACUGCCUUCUAUCAAAGUACUUUCAGAUUAUGUAGUAUAAAUGUAUUUUGUGGGUACUCCAUAUUUUGUUGUUAACAUUUGAUUAAAUUCCUGAAAAUGUCCUGCAUGCCCGUAGAGUAGUUCAUGAGAAGCUUACCAUAAUUUUAUUUAUCUUGCCUGACACAGUAUUCUGUUCUGUCUUCCUCUUCUCACACCUACAUUGCAGGCUUGAUUGAAGAGUAUGCAGUAUCCCUUCUGCCGAUAGCUGCACCCACUGUCAUCCUGUUACAUGCCUUCCAUUCCUGCUUCCUUUUCCUUAUCUUGCCUUCCAGUUUCUCCAUUUUGUUCAUUUUCUUGAUCUCUGUAUCUUUUUACCUAACUGCACUCCAGUUUUGCAUUUCACAGUCAUAAAUGCUGAAUGGGCGAAGGUUUUCCUGGUGUUUGGGUUUAUAGCUUACAUUUUGUUAUUCAUUUAACUUUUCAUCAGUUCCAUUUCAAUUUUUUUUCCAGCUCCUCUUUGUCUGGCUCAAAUUUUUAUCCGUCGGAUGAACACAUCUUCCAGCUAGCCCUGUGAGAUUGUCUGGUUGAAUUAUUACUAAAUAAUGAUGAUAACUUAGGCAGUUUUCUGGGUCUCUUUUUCUGAAAGGUGGUGGAAUCUUUUUAUAAAAUUUAGUGGUGUCUUGAGACAGGCUUUUAGUUUACCAUUUUAGAAACUGUAGAAAAUUUAUCAGGGUUGCUGUUAUUAUGUAGUUACCAAUGUUAUACUGUAGUUACCAAUGUUAUACAUGUGUAUUGUUUUUGUAAUUGGAUAUUUGUAUUUUUGCAUUUUUAUUGCUGCAACCAUGAAAUUGGCAAUUUUUUUUAUUCUUUGUAAUUGUAGUUUUAAAAAAAGUUGUGUUUUGUAGUUUAGAUAGCUACAGUAAUUUAUAAAGUUUGGAAUGAUUACAAUAAACCUGGUUUUAAACAAGAAGGGUAAUAUUAGAUCUGGUUUUUCACCUUUUGUUUCCUUACGUCUCUUCGUAUACAAUAGUACAAUUUCAAACCUAAGUAAUAUGUAGUUUUAAAAGUAUAUACGUACAAGGAAGGCUAAUGUAUGUGAAAACAACAUAUGUGAUGUUAUUGUCUUUGAACUGAACACUGUCUUUUGAUUCAUUAUUUACAAGGAAAUUAAAUUUGGCUACUUCAUCACUGUUCAUAUAUAUAUAUAUUUUUUUUUUGUAGACAUUAACAAUGUAGGCUUAGUAGCAUUCUUUUGUGAGUAACGUCCAUGAAAUUUUCAGUAUAUAAAAUGAAGUUUCCAGGAAAUAUUUUUAGCAUUGAAGAUAUCUGUUUGAAGUAGUAAAGACUGGCAUGUCCACAUGGUACUGAUCAGCAUGGGAGGUCAGCUUUGAAAGUGUGUCAACCUUUUGUUUCCACCUGAUAUUUCUGGUAGUGAAUAGUUUUAACAGAAUUACGGUAUGUUUCUGCCAUCAUUGGAGCCAGUCCCUGGGAGUUUAUAUCAGUUCACAUCCCUUCAGGGAUUAAGGCCUUACAAUCAGUUAUAUUUGGUACAAGGUUUGACUUUUAUUUUUCAUCCAUUGCCUCACUUCUUUGUCCACCUAGAAGUUCAACUUCAUCUGGUGUGGUUAGCCUACUUUUUAGUGAUAAGGUUAAUAUUGGCACACCUGACUAUUGUGACAAGAGUGAGUAAAUCAGAAUAUUCCAGGUAUCGCAGUGUAAGAAACUGAAUUAUUAAAAUUUUUUAGCAAGUGGGAGAGAUAGAACAUGAUAUUGCAGGGUGAAACACGCACGAAGCCAAUAGAUAUCCCUUUUCUGUUAGGACAUGAAAUCAGAUUCUUUUAGUUUAUACUGUCUGAAGUCUGAAGGAAAACUAACAUCUGAAAUAAAGAUAACUUUUGAUUUUAAAGAUCAUGAAAGGUAAAAUUAGUAAGUACAGUAGUACCUUGUAUUUCGAACUUAAUCCGUUCCAGAAGGCUGUU